AUGUUAUCAAUCGCAAUAUUUUGUAAUCACGUACUAUGUAAAUCUAAUAACGGCAGUGAUAUUCACACUUUUAGCUGGCGGGAUUUUAAUCAGAAGGCUGUUGACACAUCAAGAAGAUUUUCUAUGCUGUGUGGAAUAGCAAGGGUCGUGUGUAGCAUAACAUUCAUAACUGACGUGCUUCCAACGAAUUAUAUAUAUCGAGAGAUGAUAUCAGACGCACAAUGGAUAACAGCACAACUGGCCGUGUAUACAUAUUUGGCGGGUGUAUUUCGUACAUUACCUCGCAUGGCAUUCUUUCAACCUUCCGAAAAUAAUACAUCCAUAUGCGUGCCAACUAUGUCUCUAAUAAAAUCAUUGUUUUGGACAAUGUCUUUGACGUUAAUUAUAGUAGCGCAUGGUUCAUCAAUAUUGUCGGGAUAUUUUAGAAUGAAAGAAAAUAAAUUCUUAUUAGAUGUAUUCACUACUACAAGGUUGGUUACCUAUGGAAUUUCUUGUAUCUUAUUGGUAAUAGGAUAUGGAAUAUAUGGAAGACUUUUAAUAGAUUUGACGAUACAAAGUUUUGAUUUAGUUCAAGGGCAAGGUGGAAUAGCCGAGGCUUGUCAAGAAACUCACAUUACUGACGUAUUUAGAAAUGAAGAUGGAAUGGAAGGAAGAAAUAUACAUAGGAUCUAUAUUUUAUCACAAGAGGGUGAAAAGGGUGAAGUUGAAACGAGAAAUGAUAGGUUUAAAUAUCAUAUAAGAAAGAUGAAAAUAUUUAAUUAUUCGGCAAUAAUGACAUUUGUAUUUUGGUCAUUAACAAGUUUUGUCUUGGCAUUUUGGCAUGACACAAUUUGGUCUACGAUAGUUUUAUCAAAAAUUCAAGCUUUUCUCGCAAACAUAAAUACAAAUUUAAUCUUUCUAGUCGUUUUGAUUGGAAUCUUGCAAAGUGAAUUGAUUCAUCAUAAAUGUCAAAAUUCUCUUGAUGUAACCAAAGCAGUUGUAAGCAGUGAGUCAUCAGCCUUUGAUUAUUCUGAAACAAUUCCUUAA